GCUGCUAAACCAAAGCGGCCCCUGUCAAAUUACCCGGUGAAGUUGUGGGACAAAAUUUGUCCGCAUCCAGUCGACCCCUCGCUUGGCUCUGUGGGCGAUUUGUUGUUCACUUCCAGCAUCUGGGGUCGCAUGUUUCGCGUGCGAGAUGUUGUGUUUGGACUCCGUUUACCCAUAGACUUUCAGUCACGAUACAACGAGAUAGAAGAUAGCAGGUCUACAAACAGCGGGAUGGGGCAUCAGUAUGGAGAGUUGUCAUUCUUCGGACUUGUAGGCAGCGAAGAGCUGGAGGAAGUUAUGUCCUUUUUUUCCACGAAUGCUCGUCGUCAUGACGGCAGUAGAGAUGCUCAUGCCAGUCUACAAGAAAUGUUGCUGGAAGUUUUUUACGAUGCAUGCGUUUUUGCUAGCGGGCACCGCGUUGCGGAGGCAAAUGGUGCCAUCGCGAUUGUCUGUCACAAUUACGUGGGACCUACAGAUAUGUCAGCCAAAUGCGCAACACGCCUGUCUUUUCCUCGUGAAAAAAAAGCUUUAUGGAUACCAUUCGGAAGUGGAAGGCGAAGGCGAGCAAGGGGAUCAGCGACAACGCCGCAGGGCAUGGUGAGCAAAAGCAACGACCUGGUGACAAGGGUGCUUCGUCGGGUCAUGCAAAAGCAGAAGUAUCGAGGCAAAAAGCAGGACAAGGACGGAUCAGAUGAAGAAGUGC